AUUAUAAAGUAAAUUAUUAAUAAGUAAAACUUAGAAACUAAUAAUAUAUAGAUCUUAAUAUUUUGUUUUAAUCGACAAUGUAUCUCAAGUGAAUAAAUAACACAAGAACAUAACCUCAAUAUGUUUAACAUAUAAAAAUUAAAAAGGAAAUAAGUUAACCAUGCAUAAAGCUAUUUCAAGAAUAUUGUUUUAUGAAAAACACAGUUCUAUUUGUUUUUCAUACAAUCCAGUGCAACGUUAUGUUACACAAAUAGGAAAUAAUGAUGAGAAGAAAGGGAAAAUAUCUAAUUUAAAAAAAUAUUGGUUAAGCAGAUAUGUAAAUUAUAUAAAAAUCUAUGAAGAAACUUUAAGUAAGAAAUUUCCUAAAGCUUUCGGCUUAUAUCGUAUGUAUCUUAAUGGUAUGCAAAAUUAUUUUCUCGAUUCAAAAAUGUAUAUAGCCAUAUUAAAGAAACAAGGUCUAUAUGGGUUAGAUAGUUUAACAAGAAAAGAGAUUCAGUUAGCUCAUUCAAUUCACAAAGAUAUAAUUAAAAUUUCACCAGUCAUUCUUAUUUCUAUUAUUCCCUUUACGAACUAUGCCAUCAUCCCCUUAGCGUAUUUCUUUCCACGACAAAUGUUAACUCAUCAUUUUUGGACACCACAACAAAAAAUAGAUUUUAAUCUUUAUUAUUAUGCAAAAAGAUUCAAAUACAGUAGACCGUUAUUUUAUUGUAUGAAAAUUAAAACUAACCACAUAAACGAUAAACUGUUAAAAAAUAAGUGGUGUGGAAUCAUUACAAGUUUGGGUUGUGGUGGACACCCAACAGUUGAAAACGUGAUAUCUUGUAUCGCUUUAUUUGCAAGUGCACCAUAUUCAUUGGAUACACUUGACAGUAAACAUAUGAGUAAGCUACUUGGUAUUCAUGAAUUAUCUGUAUGGAAACCCUUUAGAAAACGACGUUUAAAAGAAAGGGGUAUGUUAAUAAAACGAAUGGAUAAUGCUAUCCUUAAAGAAGGAGGUGUAACUAAAAUGUCUGUAGAAUCAUUGAGUUGGGCGGUAUCUUUUAGAGGAUUAAAUUCUGUAAAUAUGUCAGCGGAAAGUAUGAAAGAUUGGCUCGAACAAUGGAUAAUGUUGUCAACAUCAGUUGAUUAUUCUACUUUGUCUUUACUAUUGCAUGGCCCGAUUUUUUUAGCUUAUAAUCAUAAUAAUAAUUUAAAGCUUUUGUAUAAAUAAAAUAAAUUUAAUAUGAUAUUCACAAUAUUUAAUAAAUUUUCUUUUAA